UAUUAGCACUGGGUCUAUUAGCAUGGCUAGCAGUGCUAUUUUUACUCUGCCAUCUUCAUGUUUGUGCUGUUUGUGACGUCAGUGCAGAUGGAUUUUUGAUCAUUUGUGAGGAAUAGGUGUGGCUGAGAUCUCUGGAUAAUGCUAAGUGAGUGCACCGCUGAGGAAUCCAGACAGGAGACUCCAUGCCGGACUUUCUCCGCCUCCGUUCAUGUGAAGCGCUGUUUCAUACGUUCAGUGAUGCCUCUGCAGCCCUCAGACGGAGCGAUACAGGAAGAUACUCCAGUGUACGGGACCUUACCAUUUAAGUGACGUCCUAUAUGAUAAAUCCCGACUUGUUACAUUCACGAGGCAAAAGAAGCAGUUUCAGCGGAAAUUCAGAGGAUUACUCUCGAGGCGAUUCUCGGACGGCCUGUGUUGACAAGGUGGAGAAAUGUCCACGAAAGGAGCACGAAGAGCCUGGAAUUAAGCACAGGAGAGAAAAGAUGCCAAAGAUGAGACAGUAAAGAAGAUAGUUUUGGGGCCUGUGCAGACUUCCCGGGGCAGCAGUUGGAUGUGCACAACAACCCGGCCACGAUGACCAUGAAAGGCCUGACCAGCAGCCGAAGUCACCACCACGCGGUGACCUGCGACCCCUCUUAUGACUCCAUGACCCUGGGGCGCUCGGACCGUCGGUCCUACUUCCUCAACCCUGGGGAGGCUCAUUCUGCCGACCACCCCUGCUACACCCAGCGCAACUCCUUCCAGUCGGAGUGCAGUGCCUAUCCAGACCUGGCCAGCUGCACUUUCCCUCGCAGACAUUACAGCUCUCACCAUGAGCUGAAGGAGGAGUGUGGCGCUAUGGUGCCUUAUACUGGGCCAACAGGGAGUAAUAAGGGAAGUGGAGGAGGUGGUGGAAACAACAACCGCAUCCCUUCUAAUCUGCUAGAGCAGUUUGACCGCCAGGCACCGGUGCAGCGUGAAGGCUACCACACACUGCAGUACAAGCGCACUGCAGUGGAACACCAACGGAGUGACAGCCCCGGUCGAAUCCGCCACCUUGUUCACUCUGUGCAGAAGCUCUUCACCAAGUCCCAUUCCCUGGAGGGGCCCUCGGGGUCUGGUGGAGGAGGGAGUGGGAGGAUGAAUGGCAGCAAAUCCAGUCCCGAUGAUCCUCCCUCUACUUCUGGCACCCUGAAGCACAGUAAACGCAGUAAGAGUAAAGACCGCUCCAAGUCAGAGCCCAAGAUGCGCACUGCCAUCUCAGGCUACUGGAGCUCAGAUGACACGCUCGACCGGGAGAUGUGCCUCUACCACCAUCACCACGGGGGCAGCAGCGGAGGCCUGCCUUCAGGGGUCAUGACCAUGGGACGCCACCCGGACAAAUCCCAGUCGCAGUACUUCAUGGAGUCCUACAACACCAUCAGCGCCCACUCCCUCAAGACGUCACGCAGCAACAACGACGUUAAGUGCUCGACGUGCUCCGGGGGCAACAGCAGCGCUAUGCCACUGGUGAGCGCCCUGGACGGCCAAGUGCAGCUGAAGAAGAGCUCGUGGUCAUCUACUCUGACGGUGAGCAGAGCAAGAGAGGUCUACCAGAAGGCCUCAGUCAACCUAGAUAAAGCUCUAGUGAAAGCCGAGCAGGGACGCACCUGCCACUUCCUACAGGUGCCUCAGGACGACUGGAGCGGUUUCUCUCCGCUGGGGAAGGAUGACGAGAUCCCGUGCCGGCGGAUGCGCAGCGGCAGCUACAUUAAGGCCAUGGCAGAAGAAGACAGCGGCGACUCGGACUGCAGCCCCAAACCCUCGCCCAAGGUCCAGGCGCGACGAGCCAGCUACCUGAAGGCCACACAGCCGUCCCUCACAGAGAUGACCACACUCAAGAUUUCCACAGAGCACUCGCCCAAGCUUCAGAUCCGGAGUCACAGCUACCUGCGGGCGGUGAGUGAGGUUUCCAUCAAUAGGAGUCUGGACAGCUUGGACCCGGCAGGGCUGCUGGCCUCGCCUAAAUUCCGCUCGCGAAACGAGAGCUACAUGAGAGCCAUGAGCACCAUCAGCCAGGUGAGCGAGGUGGAGGUGAACGGGCAGAUCGAGGCGGUGUGUGAGUCAGUGUUCAGUGAAAUGGAGUCGCAGGCUGUGGAUGCCCUGGACCUGCCCAUGCCCGGCUGCUUCCGCAUGCGGAGCCACAGCUACGUGCGUGCCAUAGAGAAAGGCUGCUCGCAGGAAGAGGAGGAGGGAGGCGUCACGGUGGGCAUCAGGAGGACCAACUCACCCCCGCGCACCACCACCACUGUCAGAACCAUCCAGAGCAGCACAGUGUCAUCAUGCAUCACCACCUACAAGAAGACACCUCCCCCGGUCCCACCACGGACCACCCCGUCCAAACCCUUCAUAUCCAUCACGGCACAGAGCAGCACCGAGUCCGCUCAGGACGCCUACAUGGACGGGGGCUCCGGCCCUCGGACGGGCAUCAGCUCCCAGCCGGGCCUGUCCAACUCCACAGAGAGCAUCGACAGCAUGAAGGCCCUGACAGCAGCCAUAGAGGCGGCUAACGCUCAGGUGCACGGCCCUGCCAGCCAGCAUGUCACCAACAGCACCAUCACCAUCACUGCCACCGCCACCACCUCUGCCGUCGCACACGUCUCCGCAGACAGCAAAGCGCAGAGGGAAGCGCUCCGCAAGUGCCUCUCCAUAGGGAUCCAGGUGGACCCAGAGGAAGGAGGGCAGACAGAGGAGCAGUCGAAAUUCCAGUCGAUAGGAAUUCAGGUGGAGGAUGAGAGAUGUUAUCGCAGGAUGACCCGCUCCAACAGCGUGACCACGGCGGUGCAGGCUGACCUCGAUGAUCCCACAGACGCCCCUCAGCUGCCGCCGCGUCACUGUGCCACCAUGCCUCGCCAGCACUCCCGUGAUUCCUCUUCUACCGUCAGCAUCCAGGGCUCGGGGAACCACUACCAUGCUUGUGCUGCUGACGACUACGGGGAGGUGGGGUUCGACCCUUCGAUCCUGCCCCCUCCGGACCCGUGGAUGGACAUCGUGGCCGAGCCAGAGGCUGACGGUCUGGAGGGUGUCGGACGAUCGGUGUGUCCCCGUGACGGCCGCUGGUUCCUCAAGCUGCUGCAGGCUGAGACAGACCGCAUGGAGGGCUGGUGUCGACAGAUGGAGCAGGAUGAGAUGGAGAAUGAGCUGCCUGAUGAGAUCCUGGGGAAGAUCCGCAGUGCAGUGGGGAGUGCCCAGCUGCUGAUGUCCCAGAAGUUCCAGCAGUUCCGGGAGCUGUGUGAGGAGAAUCUGAACCCAAAUGCACACCCACGGCCCAUCUCCCAGGACCUGGCAGGUUUCUGGGACAUGCUCCAGCUGUCUAUCGAGAACAUUAGCCUGAAGUUUGAUGAACUCCACCAACUCAAAGCCAACAACUGGAAACCUCUGACCCCACCACAAAUUCAGGAGAGAAGGAUGCCCCCUCCCGUGCCAAAGAAGCCCCUGAAGGGCCACCACCCUCCUCUGGCUAGGGACCGCUCGCUGGAGAGCUCUGAGCGCCAGCGUCUGGAGGCUCGCAAACGCCUGCUAGCUGCCAAACGUGCCGCGUCAGUUCGGCAGAGCUCUGCUACAGAGAGCGCAGACAGUAUCGAGAUCUAUAUCCCAGAGGCUCAGACCAGACUAUGAGACACGCAAAUGCAUGUACCCACACACAUGCCCACUACACUGUCCCAUACACACUAUAGCACUGAAUGGUAAGGCUAGGGUGCUAACAUAACAUAAUCACAUUUUUUGCGGACUUCACUGUGGAGUCAGUCACAAAGGAAGAAGAACAAGAAAUGUACAUUUAUUACAAUAUUUAUUUAUUUAUUUAUCACCCUCCCCCUUCCCUUAUUUCCUCCCAGCUUUGAUGUAGCAGUCCCUCCUCUUCCUGUACCUCCACCUGCCCCUCAAUGUCAAGAAGUAUCUUAUGAAUCCCUUUUUUAAAGUGGCCUAAUGUUACAAAGUAAGCCAAGUGUAGCACAGCAGUGAUGCUUCACGUUCUUAUAUUUCAGAUGUUGAGAAUCAGAUAAAAACAAGGAGGGAGCAUGCAUGUGCAUGUGGAGUGUGUGUAUGUAUAAAAGGGGUGUAACGCUUCUUAGACAGAGGCCAAAAACCACGACACAACGUCCACACAAAUCUGGGUCUCAUGAAUGCAGCGGCAGCAAGGACAUAUUUUCCAAAUGCAACCAUCGCUGGCAAUCACAAGGUACCAGCAGACAGAGAUCUGGGAGGAAGGUAAGAAGAAGGGAGAGGGUUGUUGUGGUGUUUGUGAACAGGUGGUGUGACCCCAGGCACAUUAAGUUCAAGAAAACAUCUGUAACCCAGAUAUUGAACUGCAAGUCUUCGUCCAUAUAACCUGCUGAGGUAGUUUACAUGCGCUGUUUUUGUUAUGUUUACGUCCCACUGGCCACUCUGUCAUUGCUUAACUACAGACUCAACAUGCCAAUGUUUAGGUUUGCAGAUGUACAAAGUCAGCAGUCAGCAAGUUCAUAGGCUGGUCCUCUUUUUUUACUUCAUUUAUGUGAAGUUGAUUUAGAAAGUGAAUCUUUUUGAGCAUUUUUCUCAUUCCCCCGUCACAAAAAAACCCCAGAGGUCUGAACCAAACUGUGUAUUUGGAGAAUCGUUACACCCCUAGUAUGUAUAUACAUGCAAACACAACAAGUAUUAGUAGUAUUUGAUCUGAUCUGCUCAAAUGUAUCAAAUCAAAUGGAGAGACCGGACCUGACCUAUUGACUCAUAGUCAAUUUUUAUUUAUAUAUAUAUAUAUAUAUAUAUAUAUAUAUGUAUCAAAUCCCAUGAUCUGAUUCUAAUAAUAAUAUAAGCUGGGACGUUUUUAAUUUGUAUAAUGAGGCUGAAUACUAUAAAGAAAAUAAUGGUGAAAAUACCAGACAAGGAAGCUAUAGUGUUAGUUAGUGACACAAUCGGCCCUUUUGUCUGAAAACAGGUUUUUUUUUUCAGCAAGAAGCCGACCCCUGUAGGAAAGGUCAAGAGGUCAGAUUUAGCUCCUCCAGGUGAGGAAGAGUGGCCGCUCAGCCGGGAGCGGAUUCUGUGGUUCCGCAGUUCACUGAAAGAAUCACUGUUCGAAAAAUGCCACAAACCUAAUCUGCGUAUGUGAGUGAGAGGAAGAGUGUGUGGUGUGAUUGAGAUGUUAAUUUCAAAAGUGCUUCCUAUUUUUCUAGGUCUAAAGGGUCCUAGUUGUAAUUAAAGAUUAAGGUAGCAGUAUCAACAAACUGUAAACAAACCACCCAUCUUGUCUCAUUUUAAACUGAGCAAAACAUGUUUGUAUAAAGAACAUACAGUAUAAUGACAUGACAUGCAUGCUGACACAAGGUAACUGAUAUUUUUGUCUUUUUUAAACAGGUUAAAUCCUUUCUCAUGUUGCGUUCAAACUCUUCUGUAAUGCUAAAAUACUGAUAUUUGGUACAAUACUGGUAGUUGUACGAUAUUUUAUUAUGUCAUUUUUAGACACGAGAGGUUUAAUGACAGUAUUGAGACUAAAGGACUGAAAAGGGACUAUUUUCUCCUCACUGUGUGUGCACUAUCUCUGCCUCCAAAUGAAGCAAUUAUUUAAAGGUCAUACAAAAAAAUAUCCAAUUUGUAAUAUUUUGUAUUCAUGUUUAAUUUAUUGAUUAGGAGAACAAUGACUGUUUAUUGACAUUGUGAUUAUUAUUAUGCACUGACAACAAGGCCCUUAUACUGUGUUUAUUUUUAUUUAUGUUGACUCUUUAGCAUGACAGACACCUUUUUGUCUUUUCUGUUUCAGUGAUCAGCCUUAAUUUCUAAUAUGAUAGUCGAGCACAACAGCAGUCUCAGGGGAAGAAGUGUGUGUGUAUGUAUGUAUGUGUGCGCGUGUGUCUGAGAGUGUGACUGACUUCAUGUGACUGUAUGUGACCCAUGGCUUUGUCUCUUACUGUAUAUAACCCCAGUCACCAGGAUAGGCCAUGAUCUUAUACAAGGGAAUAGUAUCCAUGCCAUGUUUCUGAACGAUGUUCCUAUUGGACAUCUCAGCCCUAAUUACUUCAAUGUAACAAGGUUUUUCAGUCAGCUGCUUGAAUGUGGAGACAAUCCUGAGCCAGUUUACCAUCACAUAAUUGUUUUGAUAACGGAAUAGCAGGAGUUUGGUGUGUUGUCAGAUUCCACGUAUUGAUCUGGCAAAGUUUUGUGCCAUUGGAUAACUAUAGAUAAGGAUAUAUUCCUGCUAUUUGUCCCUAUUAAACGGCUACCUGAAGUUCUCAUCGAGAGAGAAGAAUAACCGUACAGUAUGAUUUGUAUUUCCUUUAGUUGGUGGAUAUGAAGUUUAGAGAGGAUGCAUAAAAGUAACAAUAGUUCAAACUUAAUGCCAUUUUAUGUAGAUGAAGCUCAUUUUAGUAUUUUUUACUUUGGAACUUGUAUUUGAAUUGAAUUGUCUGUCAAAUGAUCGACUCCUUAUUUAUGUUUAUUAUAUUAACAUAUCAAUAUAAUACUCCUGGUAUAGCAGGGAGUUAGAAACCAGAAUGUUGGAUUGUGGUUAAUUGCUAAACUCAAAAGACACUCCAGCAAUCAUGGCAAUUCUGAAGCUUGUGAUGUAGUUAUAUUAAGAGAAAAACAUUCAAAUAAACAUUUGUACAUAAAUGAAUGUUUCCCUAUGUAAAUGUCAACUUAAAGAAAACCCAAUCAAAUAACAUAUUAAGCAGAUAUACAUUUUGUAAUUAAUGUUAUUACACUGUUGAUGUUAUGGCACGUGUAUGAGCUCUUAUCAGCAUUAAAAAAAUAUAUCAUUG